AUGACUUUGAGAAUUAAAGUAGGUCUUAUUGUAUUUAUUUUAUUUAUUAAUAAUUCUUUAUCAAGGGAAGAAAGUAAAUUUAGAUGGUCUCCUGGCAACCAAGAUGAUAAGUUGAACAAUUCGAUUAUUAGAAGUAAUUAUAGUGACAGUUAUUACAUUUCUUCCUCUAGAUUUCUUCAAAAUAUUAGUAGGUCCAGUUCUCCUGAAAUAUAUUCUAUGACUAAUGUCUACAAAUCUACUAUUCCGAAAACAUCAAGAAGAUUAAAGACAUCAGAAAUGUUAGAAAUUCCAGAAAUAUUAGACAUGUCAGAAAUAGAAGAAUUAUCGGAAAUGCUAAAAAUACCAAAGAUGCCAGAAGUAACAGAAAUGCUAAAAAUAUCAAAAGUACCGAAAAUAACAAAAACAACUGAAAAUGGAAUAGUUCUUAUGAACAGAUAUGAUAUUGAUAACAAAUCACUAUUAUUUUUUAAAUUAUGUGAUAAAGAUUAUCAAGGUAAACUAAGAAUAUAUCUAAAAGAUAAUGAUAUAUUGGGAAUAAAAAGUGAAUUGGAUGUUAAAACAAGUAAAGCAACUAAUAAAGAACAUUUAAAUGUUCAUUCUUCUCUUGAAUUAUUAGUAAAAGGAGUACAAUUAGAUAAAUCUUCUGCAACAUUAAUAAGAUCAAAUUGUACUUUAAUAUUAACAGCUCCAAAAGCUUAA